ACCCCAAGUUCAGGUCUGUGCUUCGGGAGACCCCGGAGGCCGACGCCCGAAAGGGCCCGCGGGGCGGUAGCGGCGAUAGACCCGGAUAUGCGCCGGGGACCCCCCAGGCAGCGCCAUUCCCCGCCACCCGCCGCAAUGGAGCCUAGAACGCAGGCGCGGCGCAGACCGGAAGCGGAACCGACGGGGGCGGGGCUUGCCGUAACGGAAGUUCCGGAGCGAGGCGCCGGCCCCUUGGGCCUCCUCAAGCCGCGGGGUACCCCACCGGCUCCUCUGUGGCCCCUCCAUCGCGGCGGGUCUGUCCCUCCUUCUGUCUCCGGAUGCCCACGUACCCCCCACCUCCGACCGCCGUUCCCGUGUGCCCCGUCCCUCCGCGGACCCUGGCCGCGCAGACCCCUCCUCCCCACCGGAGAGGGCGGGCACAUCUCAGAGGUGUGGACAAGCAGCCUACUAGGGCUAGAGAUGGACAGCAGGAAACUGUUCCCCCAGGGGAAGAAGCUGGAGUCGCACCUCUCCCAAGAGCACAGGCGCUCCCCACUGGGCCUGACAGCAGCCUGGGGCCAGCCCAGUAUCCAGAGCAGCGCUCAGCAGGGACUGCAGACUCAGGACUGGGUGUGCGAGCCGCCGGAGCGCAGGCGCCCGGGCCGCCACUGGAGCGUCAGCAUCGACGAGCGCCGACGGCUGGCCAUGCUGGGCGGCCGGGAGAGGCCGGGCGCCGCCGGGGCCCCGCUACGCUGCAGGGUGCGCGGGGGCGGGUCCUCCCAGCCCGGUCCCUGCCCCGCCCCGCCCCUCCACCUCGCCUCCCUGACUCAGUCCCCCUGGGUCCUUUACCCUGGCGCUCCCGGGCCCCACCCUUGUCCCCUUCCCGCCCCUCGAGGCUCCCUGACCCACCCUCGCCCACAGGACAUCGUGCAGAUGGUGGCCCAGCUGGUGUCGGAGGACGUGGACAAGGACGUGCUCUUUCCCCACCCGCUGAGGUCCACCGAGUCCACCAACGCCUUCCAGGCCUUCCUGGCGCGGAGUGCGCCUUUCUGGCAUAAUGCGACUUUCGAGGCCCGGGCCUCGAGGUCACCCCCUUCCUAAGAGCCCGACUCAGCCCAU